GGAACAGCUUUACAGUAUUGCUAGCUGAAUAUACGAAAAAAAAAAAAAAAAAGAUCUCCGAUAAACAGCAUACAAAAGUGAAAUUUAGAAAAAAAUGGAUGAUAGUGAUGUCGAAAAUUUUGAAGGCGUUGAAGAACUGAGCGAAAACAAUGAAGUCAAGUCGGAAAACGAAAACGCUGAUACGAAUAUAGAAAACGAAAGUGGCGAAAAUAAUCCAGAAGAUGGCGAAGACAAAGAGGGAGACAAGAAUAAUGAGGCCGAAUUAUCUGAUAAUCUGAGUGAAAAAAAUGAAGCAGAUCCUGUCGUCGAAAACGCGAAUAGUACAUCGGAAGAAGCGAACAAUUCGCAAGAUUCUUCCAAUUCUACCUUUGACAAAAAUUUAUUCUCGGCCCCAAAGUUCUAUCCCUACUAUCUUAUGAAGGAUCACGUUGUGCAGUACCUUGAGCCCAUAAUUAAAAAAGCCAGAAGAAGAAAUUUCAUGUGGUGUUGCUGACGGAAAAAAAGAGCCAGACAUGAAACUACGUUACGAAAAAGUGUUAUACCACAGAGGGGGCAUAUAAAUAUGGUGAGAGCAGAAACAAGAGGAGUUAAAUCCACGCGAAAAAGAAAGUGCAUACAAAAAUGUGGACAUAUAUG